AUUUCACUUUAUCUGUCAAAUUGAUAAGGUUAAGCGAUUAAAUAUUAUUAGAAGAAACGAUUUGGUUUUAUAUUCUUUACAAAAUGGCACACUGGUUCCAUCGAAACGUAUUAAAAGCAACGACAAAUCAAAAAUUCGAAUUCAAAAUAAAUAAUUCCACUGAUUCUACAAGGAAAAUGUGCAGCGAUUUAAGAUUAUCAAGAAGUCGUCUUUUAGACUUAAUAAAGAAUCCAAAUAAUUCAAGUGACACCAUAGAACCAGCUUUCUAUAGCUAUUUAAGUUUAUUAUAUGGAUUUAUAUGGGAAAUAAUUUCUUCUGUAGAAGAAAAUCAACAUGUUGGCAGGCCAAAUCCUAGUAAAUUACGAAAUGUGCUUGUAUACAAGUGGACACACACAUUAUUGGGAAGAAACACAUAUUCUAGUGCUGAUGCUGUUUAUGAAGCAGCUAAUAUGAGUGUAAAUGUAGGACUUUGGUUUAUGAAACAUGCUGCAAUGAUUGCUGCUAAAGAUGAUAUAAGCAUGAACGAAGCAAAGGAUGUACAUACAAUGCUCAGACGAGCCGCAGGAAUAUUUGCUUUUGUACAAACAGAAUUCUUGCCACAAUUGGUGAAUCCUCCACCACUAGGAAGUGAUCUAGACCCACGAAUAUUGAAUGCAUAUGUAAAUCAAUGUACAGCAGAAGCACAAGAAGUUACAGUAGCAAGAGCAGUCGAAUUAAAGCACAAUGCUAGCUUAAUAUCAGCUUUGGCUAAUGAGACAAGUAAAUUGUUUUUGGAUGCAGCCAACACAUUACGCCAAUUUGAGGAAGAGAUGUCAGCUCAGUGGAUUAAGUAUUUAGAGUUUAAAGCAGCAUUUUAUCAGGCUUAUGCUUAUAAUUACUGUGGUGAAAAUUUAAUGUGUAUGGAUAAAUGUGGAGAAGCACUGAAAGCUUUGCAAGAAAGUUCAGCUUAUUUAAAAAAGGCUACUGCACUGUGUUGUGAAUAUGGGAAAACGAAUGGACCAGCACCUAGAGUGAAACCGAAUGAACAUGCUGCGUUUGAACUAUUGGCACCAAUAGUGAAAUUUAAUCUUGAUAAAUGUAAUCGGGAAAAUGGUUUAAUUUAUCACCAGACAAUACCAGGAGAAGUUCCAGCACUAGACACAAAAGCUACUUUUGGUUUAGUGAGCCCUAUUGAUUUUCAAAUGCAGUCUCAUCAUUCUCUAUGGAACUUAGAUGUAUACAAUAAAUUAUGUGGCUUAACUCCAGCCAAGAUAGAGCAAGAGCAAAAUUUGCCACCUGUUAAAGAGGAUGCAAUUCAUCACAGCACUAAAGAACCAAAAAAUAAAAGUGGUUGUAAAUUACAGUGAGCUUUUUAAUGUAGGAAUAGAAGUGGUAAAUUAAAUUAAUUGCUUUUUCUAACAUGAUAAUAAUAAACUUUACU